AUGGCGCAGUACUUCUUCGACCUCCUCUACACCUUCACGGACUGUCUCUGCUGCUUCCCGAGCUCGCCGCAGCUGAAGAUCAACAACCGGAGCUUCAAGCUGCUGCGUCUUCUCGGAGAGGGCGGCUUCUCCUACGUCUAUCUCGUCCAGGAUAAGAGCACAGACGAGCUCUUUGCGCUCAAGAAGAUACGGUGUCCGUUCGGUCAAGAAUCCGUCUCACUCGCCCUCAAGGAAGUCGAAGCAUACAGCUUGUUCACUCCCAACCGCAACAUCAUCCAUUCCAUCGAUUACUCGGUCGUGACCGAGUCUGGGUCGAAAUUCAGAUCAGAUGGCGCAGAUGCCGGGUCAAAAACCGUGUACAUUCUUCUGCCGUACUACCAGCGAGGAAACCUUCAGGACGCCAUCAACGCCAAUCUGGUCAACCACACCUCGUUCCCAGAGAGAGACUUGAUGAUAUUAAUGCUCGGAGUAGCCAGGGCGCUGAAGUGUAUGCAUCAGUACAAGGUGAAGGACUCUGCAUCGAGAGGGAAUGGCAAUGGAGCCGCAAAGGGCAAAUCAAAGGGCAAGCCGACCAGGCGGACGAGUCGAAGGGUUGAUGACGAUGAAGACGAGUCUGAACAUGAGCCUCUGAUGGAUGGUGAAGUUGCAAUCAGCCAGGAAGGCGUGGAAGAGGGUGAAUACAGACCGUAUUCCCACCGAGACAUCAAGCCUGGGAACAUCAUGAUAGAUGAUGACGGCAAGACCCCAAUCCUCAUGGAUCUAGGAUCCCUCAGCCCAAGUCCAAUCGCAAUCACAUCUCGCUCCCUCGCCAUAGCUGUCCAAGACACCGCUGCCGAACACAGCACCAUGCCGUACCGUGCGCCAGAGCUGUUCGACGUGAAGACAGGCUCCAUUAUCGACGAGAAAGUAGACAUCUGGUCUCUAGGCUGCACACUAUACGCUUGUCUCGUAGGCAAGAGUCCGUUUGAAGCCCGCAGUGAAGAGACAGGUGGCAGUUUGGCCAUGUGCGUUCUUGGAGGCGACUGGCGAUUCCCCGACGAGAAGGGCGGAAAUACAGAUGCUGGAAAGGGUAAAACCAGGGUCUCUUCGCAAGGGAAUGUCGCUGAUGCUGGUUCAACCGAGAGUGGAGGUAUAAGCCCACCAGUAAAGGAGCUGGUUAGGCGUUGCUUACGGGUUGAGCCUGCUGAACGGCCAGACAUUGAUGAGCUGAUUGCUCUGAUCAAAGAGACUAUACAGCAACUUCCGGAGAACUAG